ACUCUGGUGCCGGGUCGUACAGGACAACACACGCCCAGCUGACGAGGAGAAUUAAGUGUUACGUGCGAGGAAAAGCUUUCUAAUCUCUGAUCUCUUGGAUUAUUCCUCCGAUUGAUGGGAUUUAGACACUGUCCGCGGUUUUCCGCCGCUACUUUACGCACACUUAGCACCAUCUUUGCGCGCUCAUAUGUGCGCCCCUGGCAGUUGCAUGAUGGAUUAAAAACUCAUUACUUUUAGCCUAUUUUUCUGAUUUGUGCUCUCUGAACAAUUGUGGAUUAUUAAUGGAUUCACAUCAUGCUAAAUGAUGAUCACAUUUUGGUCAGUGGAGCGCGCAGUCGUACAUUGGAUUAAGAGCCAGAGACUUCCCAUCGCGCUUGGGACAAUCACCAGUUUAUUCUCCUGAGCCACUUUGACCUGUUUCCCCCCUGUUGACGCGCUGGGAUGGAGAGCGAGCUCAGACCCAGGCUCUGUUUCCUGACAAAAGGAGAGCACGGCUAUGGGUUCCGCCUGCUCGGUGAUAGGAACAAAGGUGGACAGUCCAUCCGCACAGUGGAGCCCGGCUCCUGUGCUGAGCUGGGCGGGCUGCGACAAGGAGAUCGGCUGGUGGAGGUGAACGGUGAGAAUGUGGAGAAGGAAACCCACCAUCAAGUAGUGGAGCGUAUCCAUGAAGUGGCCCACCGCACCAGGCUGCUGGUGGUGGACAGAGACACGGAUGACUACCUCCGCAGCUGUGGCCUGGCAUGCACCGAGGACCUGGCCAUUGAGAUGGGAACCCUGUCCCCGCGACCCUCGCCCGGGCCCACUCCUGCCUUUCCCAUACCCAGAGAGAACUCACCCCCGUCACCCAAACCCAACCACACACACUUCUUUUACCCUCCUGCUGCAGACUCGUCCACACACACGACUACACAAGCCACGGUCAAGAGAUCCUCAGUGACAUCAAGUACAGGGACAGACACAGAGCUGCAGGUGCAUCCCACACCAGAGCCGACAGUCGAGCUCCAUCCCCGUCUGUGUCACCUGGUGAAGGGGGAGCACGGCUACGGCUUCAACCUGCACAGCAAGAAGACAAAGGACGGACAGCUCGUGCGUUCAGUGGACCCCGGCUCAGCUGCUGAGAGUGGAAACAUCAGGCCUGGAGACAGAAUAGUGGAGGUGAACGGAGUGAACAUUGAGGGCCUGAGGCACUCAGAGGUGGUGGCUCUCAUUAGAGCAGGGGGGGGGGAAGUGCGCGUCCUAGUGGUCGACCAGGAGACAGACGAGCUCUUCCACAGACUGGGGAUCACACCAACCAUCAGCCAUGUCAAAGAGGUCUAUCUGGAUGAAUCAGCCACAGAAAGCGCCCCACACAGCCCGUCUUCGACCGCUGAACUCCCCGUCUCAGACCCACCAGUCAUAAACAUCACACUGACAAACUCCCCGAUCACAAAUACAUCACCAAAAUCCUGGACGAAUGGGAGCUCAGCAUCUCAAUCCUCAAGAAGUUCCACCACCCAAUCAGAGAUCAGCAGCUCGGAUAUGAGCAUCCAGGUCCACGAUGAGGACGACAGGCGUGUUUCGGACCCGUUCGUGGAGAGUGGCCUGCGUCUGAGUCCCACAGCUGCUGAGGCUAAACAAAAGGCCCUCGCCGUCCGCAACAAGAAGAGAGCACCUGCUAUGGACUGGAGUAAGAAACAUGAGAUCUUCGGCAACUUCUGACCCCAGAACGCAAGGAGAAAAUAAGAGAAGAAGUGCAAGAAUGCCAUAGAACGAGGAAUAAUAUCGUGAUUCGUCAUUGUUCAUAUUAUAAUCUUAAAUACUGUACCUCAAUCUUGCAGAGGCACAGUGAAAGAAAGAGCAAUGUGAAAAAGACACAGGUAGUAAUAUUAUAUAAUGGUAAUAUUCCUAAAGUAUGCUCUGUGUAAAACUAUGUUGUAAGAUAUCAAAUAGUAUUCUCUAGAUGCUUAUUUUACUGUAUCUAUAAGGACAAAGACACGUUCUGUGGAUCUUAUGAUACACUGCAUUAAACAAAGAACUGGCAGAGCAGACUCGUCCAUGCAGAUGGUGUCUGGUCAGUUCACAGUUCAGUCAUUUCAGAGCCCGAUGGACGAUGAGUGCAUAACAGCCGAUGUGCACUGCGUCUGAUUUGGGCUGUAAUUUCUGUAGAUGCGCUUUUCCGUUGUUUUUUUUUUCUUCAAAAUAAUAGUUUCAUGUCAAUUUCAAUGUACAAUGAGCUCAUCACAGCCCAGUCCUGAAGUAGUUGUACUAAUAUUUUGUUUGUCAAUUCAAUGUAGCAUAUCACAUUUAAAUAUGAAAACAGAGAAGAAGGAAGAGGC